GCAUUAACUAGUGACGUGAAAUGCCCUUCACUUCAUAUUCUGGCUGAUUGCUGACUGAAUGGGUGCUUGAGAGUACGCCGGAGUGUGACAAUACAUUUACUUGCUGUCUUUGAAGAUAAUAUGUAACUUGAAAUGAGUUUCAAACAAGUAUUCCUCGUGGCUGCUGCUGUGUGUUUUAUUGGGUUGUCCGAAAAUAGCAGGUUCCAGUGCCUCGAUUCAGGAUGUAUUGAUGUCUUGUUUCUAUGCGACGGGGACCCCGACUGCGACGAUGGGAGUGACGAGAGGAAUUGUAGCGGAGACUACACAUUCAAGUGUCAGAAUUCAACUAUUCGUGCGGAGUUCGUGUGCGAUGGCAAGGACGACUGCAUUGACGGGAGUGAUGAGAAUGCCUGUGGCGCAUGUAUAUUCGAGUGCCCGGGUUCGGAAGCAACGCGUAUUCGUGCCGAAUAUGUGUGCGACGGUUCUGAUCAUUGCAGUGAUGGGAGUGACGAGCUGAACUGCGGUUCAAGUACAGAAACUCCAACUGCAUCUAGUACAUCUACAGCAACUGCGACUCCAUCAACUGCAUCUAGUACAUCUACAGCAACUGCGACUCCAUCAACUGCAUCUAGUACAUCUACAGCAACUGCGACUCCAUCAACUGCAUCUAGUACAUCUACAGCAACUGCGACUCCAUCAACUGCAUCUAGUACAUCUACAGCAACUGCGACUCCAUCAACUGCAUCUAGUACAUCUACAGCAACUGCGACUCCAUCAACUGCAUCUAGUACAUCUACAGCAACUGCGACUCCAUCGACUGCAUCUAGUACAUCUACAGCAACUGCGACUCCAUCAACUGCAUCUAGUUCAGUGGACCAACUCUCUGUUUCAGGUGACUGGUUGGAUGAUCAGGGGUCGGGCAACGUCGACACAGAUUCAUCCAAGUCAUCGAACCUGAUCACCGGAUCCAUGAUUGUAGAGGGAAAGUGUAAUCAGACGGAUGGGACGUAUAUCCAUGACAAAACAACGGUAGCAGUCCAUUGUGAUUUCAGAAGUAACCCUUUUGCAAACCUAUCUGUCUCUUGCUUGAGAAAAGGAACUGAGAUGUCAAAGUCUGACCGAAUUUCCUAUGAAACUGGACGUUACUCUGGAAUUUUCCAUGUCCUGUUCCUCUUUACUCCUGUCUUGCGCCGUGAUAGAGGCAAUUACUCCUGCAAGGCAACGGCAGGGCAGUCUUCUAAGGCCAUAGCUGUAUCUCUCCUGGUGUAUAAAGUCCCGACUGUGACGCUGUCACCGUCUACUUUGUCCCUGCAGGAAGGUGAUCAGAGAAACUUUACCUGCCAGGUUAACAACGCACCUGCUGUGAAGACGGUCCCGGGGAGUCUGGUCUGGUGCCAGGCAGAUCAAGUUAUCACAGACCAAUCGAAGAUCGUGAGAGUGAGGGAUGGGAUGGAGAUUCUGAUGAUGAACUCGUCCGACAGAGCUGGAGUCUACAAGUGCGGUGUCAUCAACUGUACAGAAACAGCAACGCUUGUUAUCACCAAACCUGAAGACAAGGUGUGCACAGAAACCAGAGACACCAGAGGAACAGUGUGGCCCCAGACUGUCAGUAAUACGACGAUGGUGCUGCCGUGUCCUGGGGGAUUUCUAGGUAAAGUUCAACGUGUCUGUGACGUCACUGGUGAAUGGAGAGAACCAAACUACAUAAACUGCGUGAGAGAAGAAAUAGCGCAGAUAGAGGAAGAGGUGGCUGCAAUCACUGAGGGAACUGCGUCCAGUGAGGCUGUCAAGAAUGUGCUUGAGAACCUACAGAAGGCCACCCAGAACAACGACUCUUCCGCAGGAGAUCUGGACAAAUCCAUUGACAUCGUUGACAACAUCGUUGCCGCAGUGAGCAGUCCUGUUCCCCCUGUUGCGGUGGAUACAGCGUCAGUUAAGGCCUUUGUUAAUGUGAUCGACGACAUCCUAUCUGUUGACACGAGUCAACAAGAUUGGCAACAGGUUCAGAAGAAGAAUUCAACAAAAGCGGCUUCAUUGGCCAGAUUGGUAACCGCCUUCAGUUUAGCUGCUGCUGAAUCACAGACAGAAAACGAACCUUUAAAGCUCAAUAGUUCAACAAUGGUGAUAGAAAUUGCGAAGAUCACAGCGCGCGACAUUGUCUUUCCCACUCAGAUGAUGGACGAAGUGAAGAGUUCUUUAAGGCUUUCAAAGGAAAACCUGAAUCACACAGAAAAAAUAACGUAUGUUGCUGCGUCCUACAAGACAAUGGCAGACUUCCUCCCGACUAAUACAUCCGGGGGAGACGCGAGCACCAAAGAAGCCAAUUCUCAGAUCCUUUCACUUGCUGUGAAGAUUGGAGGAAAGAAGCUUUCAAACCUGAAGAUAAAAAUCAACCUUGACUUUCAACAUUUACAGGUAAACUAUUCAGAACCAGAAUGUGUGUACUGGAAUUUCGAUAAAAGUCGAUGGCUGACAGACGGCUGCACGGGCAAAGACGUGAACAGUUCCUACACAAGCUGUGAAUGCAACCAUCUUACCAACUUCGCUAUUCUUAUGAGCCCGGGACGACACGUGUCUGCAAAACACUUACAUCACCUGAAGAUCAUCUCCAUAGUGGGCUGUUCCCUGUCUAUCAUAGGCUGUGUGGUGACAGUGCUGGCACACGCGUGGAUGUGGAGCCAUGUCCGUUCCUCCAAGACCAUCAUCCUGAUGAACCUUUGCGUGGCGUUGACCCUCGCCUACAGCGCCUUCCUGGCUGGCGUGGAGCGGACGGAGAACAAGGCCGUGUGUACAGCCGUGGCGGCUAUGUUGCAUUACUUCUUCCUGGCAGUCUUCUCCCUCAUGCUGGCCCAGGGGGUCGACAUCGCCGUUCAGGUUGCCGUGGUUUUCAGGAAGAGUUCAAGGUUGGGGCUCGUGCUCCCUCUAGCCUGGGGUGUGCCAGCAGUUAUAGUGGGUAUUUCCCUGGGGGUCACAAGGCUGGAGGGAUACGGAAAUGACCAGUUCUGCUGGUUGACUGUAACUGAUGGCGUCCUGUAUGCUUUUGUGGGACCAGCUCUAUUCGUCAUUCUUGCCAAUGUCGUGAUCAUCGCGAUCAUCUUUCGAGUGAUGUUUUCAACAAGGAUGAUGAUCAAUAAAAGAAAGAAGGAAAAGAUAGCGAUUACGGUUCGGAGCCUGUGUGUUCUGAUGCCAGUUCUUGGAGUUACGUGGGUGUUUGGUGUUCUUGCUAUCAACGAGGAAACCGUCGUCUUUCAGUAUCUCUUUGGUAUCUUCAAUUCGUUGCAGGGUUUCCUGAUUUUCAUAAUGCACUGUGGUCUGAACAGAGAGAUUAUCGAUGGCAUAAGGAAGACCGUUGCCCGAUAUGAAUCCCUGAUAACGAUGUCGCUGCCCUAUUCAAGAAGCACAGACCAAUCUGAAGGAAGGAGAGUUAAGAUGGACAAGACAAGCACAGACAUUCCAACUGGCUGCAACAGUGACGACUUGGUAUCGCUGACCAUGGAGGAGAUGUCGACGUUGCGCAAUGUUGAAGCUUCACAGAAAUCUGUUUCCAAGGACGACGCAAAUCCCAGUAGUUUGAUUAAAGAAGAUAUUCCAACUGGCUGCAACAGUGACGACUUGGUAUCGCCGACCAUGGUGGAGAUGUCGACGUUGCGCAAUGUUGAAGCUUCACAGAAAUCUGUUUCCAAGGACGACGCAAAUCCCAGUGCCAUGAUAAAAGAAGGUUAAUUCACAAAGGUCUGGGUAGGAAACGGUCGAAUGUCAUCUCUACAGGAGCUAUCAACAACGUGUAUAUAUCCUCUAAUGGAUAAUUUAGAAUUUAUUUUCAGAACUUCACUUGUAAUGGAACGAUAUAUUCCAUGCGCAUGUCAUAUUUUUAUUUAUUUUUAUUUACAUGUUUUGGUUAUGUCACAUGUGACAAGAUAUAUUGAAGCAAGUUUGUUUCUAAAUCUAUGUUUGAAUUUAUUUAUGCAUCCUUGUUUACAUGACACCAGCUAUUUUAACAUAUAUUUAAAUUCUUUUCGUAUACUUACUAUUUUGAAAAGAAUUUAAUUUCUUUGUUUUCUUAUUUUGACUGUAGAAAAAUUGGACCUGAAUUGUAGUAUCUUUGCUCUUCAUUGAUUUGUAUGGUAUCAGUUACCUGUAAAGUUUGUAAAGGGGGUGGUUGUGCAGAGUUUGCGUCCAUUGGGCACGCCAGAAACCUAUGAUUGUGGGUUCGAAUCCCGGUUCGCCCCGAUUAUGUUUCUAGGUUUGUCAGCACCAUACCCGUGCUCGUGGGUUUCAUCGAAGUGGUAAACGUCUAAGACCUGUAUCACUUCGGGCUUUCCUUCCACAUUAAGCUGACACGCUGUGACAUAACUGGAAUACUGUUAAAAGCGGCGUUAAACCCAACUCACUCACUCACUGUAAAGACAUGCUAUCAUACUUUCUAGAACUGUUGACUAAUUUGUUCUUAUAAACGUUCUACGUGUG